UCCCGGCAUUAUCCUGAACCUUCCAUCAUCCGUUCGGAAGCUUGCAAAUAAAGCUGGGUAAUAUGAUGUCCAGAUCCCAGCGACGCCAGCCUGAUCGCCCGUCGAGGUCGAUCGAGCAGAUAAGCCACACGUGAUGCAUGCGCCGCUGCAGGUAGAUGUGGCCGGCCGAGCCCUGGCCGUGGUGGAGCGGGACGGCGCGCAUGACCCGGCCACCGGCCGCGCGCUCACCGGCUCCUGGCUCUGGGACUCGGCGAUCGUCCUCACCAGCCACCUCGCCUCGGCCGAGCCCAGCCAGCUCCACGGCGCCACCGUGCUCGAGCUCGGUGCAGGCACGGGCCUCCCGGGCAUCGCGGCCGUCGCUUGCCUUGGCGCCGCGCGCUGCGUGCUCACGGACGUGCAGCCUCUCCUGCCGGGCCUUAGAGCCAACGCCGAGGCGAACGGGCUCUCCGCCGCGCAGGCCGACGUGCUGGAGCUGCGCUGGGGGGAGGAGGAUGACCUGGUAAUGCUCGAUCGUGAGGUCCCAUCCGUGGACGUGGUGCUCAUGUCGGACGUCUUCUACGACCCGGAGGACAUGCCGGCCAUGGCGGACACGCUGCGGCGGCUGUGGCGGGACGGCACGGUGUGUCGGGCGGCGAGCGAAGUGCGGUGCGGCGUGCAGGACUGCGUGGACGUGCUGCGGGAAGAAGGCUUCGACUUGGCCGAGGUCGACAGGGUCACCAGGCCGCUGCUGCGCGCCCCCUCGCAGAACGCCGACUUCGCCGUGUAUCGCAUCGAAUUUCGGCGGUCUCGAGAGGGCUGACCGCCUGACCCCGCUUCGUUACACGGGUUUAUCAUACAGUAUUUCUUUUUGACUCACCCAAACGGUAGAUUUUUUUUUGUUCGCAAGUGUAUGCUUCACUCUUCUUAUGUAAAAUUUGAUAAGCAAAUACAUUUAU